AUGGCUUCGCAUGGAUCUACGACGCACCAAGGCUCGACUCGUCGCUCUCAGACGGGGGGCUAUCUGCCCAUCGAGGACUAUGGCUUGAUCGGCAAUAUGCACACGUGCGCCCUCGUCGGCAUCGAUGGCAGUGUCGACUUCAUGUGCUGGCCCGACUUUGACUCUCCGUCCAUCUUCUGCCGCCUUCUGGACAAGAACAUUGGCGGCCACUUCAGCAUCGCGCCCCCUGACGGAGUCAACUGCACCACCAAGCAGCAGUAUCUGCCGACUUCUUGCAUCCUUCAAACCAGGUAUAUCCAUGAGGAUGGUGUCGUGGACCUGCUCGACUUCUUCCCGCGUCCCAAGGAGGCCCAAGUCGCCACCAAGGACUACAAGCAAAGUGCCUGGCGAGAGGCUAUCCGCGUGCCCGAGGAGCUGAAGAAAUGGCUCGUCCGGCGCGUCGAGUGCAUCAGGGGCACCAUGACCCUAGACAUUGAGCUAUUUCCUGCCUUUGGCUAUGGGCUGGUACCCCAUGUGACUACCUUACGAAAGGAUACUCACACUAUGCAUGACCAUGUCAGCAAGGUCGCGACCUUUCAUUCAGCUGGCGAGAAGCUUCAGCUUGAUGUUGCUCUCCAGAAUGGCGACGACAAGAGGAGCUGCCCGCGGGUCUCAUUCAAGAAGACUACAAGACCGGGUAUGCAGGGUGAUGGACUGCAGGCGACAAUUGUGAUAAAUGAAGGCGAGAGCAUCUCUUUUGUCCUGAGAAACGACUCAAACCAACAUGUAACUGAGCACAUCACAUCUUCCGUCCUGGACAACCAGCAGCACGACACGCAGCAGUACUGGUUCAACUUUAUUUCGCAAUGCCGGUACAAGGGGCGAUGGAGAGAGGUUGUGACGCGCAGCCUCAUGAUCCUAAAGCUCUUGACAUACGAACCAACUGGCGCAAUUGUUGCCGCUCCCACUUUUUCGGUCCCUGAGAACAUUGGAGGCGCCAGAAACUGGGACUACCGAUACUCGUGGGUCAGAGACUCCAGCUUCAGCAUCUACAUAUUGCUUCGCUUGGGCUUCAGAGCCGAGGCCCAUGCGUACAUGGACUUCAUCAUGAAGCGAUUCGUGGGAUCUCGGGGGCCGGAUGGCGCCUUGCCCAUCAUGUUCACGAUUCACGGGGAGACUGACAUCCCAGAAGUUACGCUCGACCAUUUUGAGGGCUAUCGCGGAAGCUCACCGGUGCGCAUCGGCAACGGCGCUGCUUUCCAUCAACAAUUUGACAUUUACGGCGAGCUCAUGGAUGCCAUCUACCUCUAUAACAAGUACGGCAAGCCAGUGCCGUGGGAUGUUUGGCGAGCCGUCCGCGAGAUUCUCGAUUACGUUUUGACCAUCGUCAACGACCCCGACAUGUCCAUCUGGGAGGUGCGAAAUGCCAAGCAAAACUUCACAUACUCCAAGAUCAUGCUAUGGGUUGCCUUUGAUCGUGGUCUCCGGCUCGCCGACAAAAGGUGCUUCCCCUGCCCUAACCGUGUCAAGUGGCUGGCGGCGAGAGACACGCUCUACGAGGAAAUCAUGGAGAAGGGAUACAACCCGGAGAUGAACAGCUUUGUCCAGAGCUACGAGAACAACACUGUCCUCGAUUCGUCCAUUCUGAUUGCACCUCUGGUCUUCUUUAUCUCGCCGUGCGACCCGCGCUUCACGAGCACCUUGGACCGCAUCCUGCUGCCGCCUGAAAAGGGCGGCCUUACGAGCACGGGCCUGGUGUAUCGAUACGACACCGAACUCUCCGACGAUGGCGUCGGGGGACGAGACGGCGCAUUCAGCAUGUGUACAUUUUGGCUGGUGGAGGCCAUGACGCGUGCGGGAGUUUACGAGCACAAAUACCUCGUGCGGGCAGUCAACAUAUUCGAGAACAUGUUGAGCUUUUCCAACCAUCUGUCCAUGUUUUCGGAGGAGAUUGCCCGCAGCGGUGACCAGCUCGGCAACACGCCGCAAGCUUUCAGUCACCUUGCUCUCAUCAGUGCGGCUUUCAACCUGGACCGGGCGGCCGAGGGUUGGAGGGGCCCUUCGUGA